AUGGCAUCUAAGAAAGCUUCUGUGUUUUCCUUUUUACCUCUCUAUAACCUAGUCUCUGCGCUAGCUUGGGGAUACGUUUUGUAUCAAGUUAUCGACGUAUACCCUAAGAUCGGCCAACCCGCGUUCUUCAUCGCUACAAAGGACUUGGUCACUGCCGUUCAAUGUGGUGCAAUCGUUGAAGUUUUGAACUCCCUGUUCGGCAUAGUUCGUGCCCCAAUCGUCACAACAGCUGCACAAAUCGCUUCCAGACUCCUAGUGGUCAUCGGUAUUUUCAAGUACUUACCUGAAGCUGAAAACGCCCACAAAAUCUACUACGUCACACUCCUAUCUGCCUGGAGUAUUGCUGAAAUUGUUAGAUACAUGUUCUACUUCUUCAAUUUGGUAUCUGAAGCUCCUAAAUUGCUCGUCAUAUUGAGAUACAAUAUGUUUUACGUUCUAUAUCCAUUGGGUGUCGGCAGCGAAUUGCUCAUAGUCUACUCUGCAUUGAACAUAGCUGAAGCCAAAUAUAACACAUACUACAAGUGGUUCCUAAUUGCCGGUAUGUUGGCAUACAUUCCAGGAUUCCCAGUUCUAUUCACACACAUGGUUGCUCAAAGAAAGAAGGUCAUGAGAUCCUUAAGAGAGGGCAAGACUAAGACAACCAAAAAGGCAUGA